CCGGCUGGAGGGGAGGGAGGGAAGGAGGAGCAGCUGCAUUUGUACUGAGACCAGAGAAGCAGGAGGAUCCCUCUCACUAGAGUCACAGAACAUUGAGCCUCCAAAAUACCCCCCGUUGCUCCUUCUCUGAGGGCAAAUCCUGACUGGGUGCCCCCCAUGUAACAAGCCUGUGCCCCUCCUGCCUGGGCAUCAGCCACUGGCACAGAAACACGGGACCCGCCAGGCUCAGACUGCGCCCAACCUGCCAGUACCCUCCCCUGGCACAGAAGCAGCAGCAGCAGGAGGGACCCCCAGAGGAACAUGUGAGGAAUCAGGAGACUGUGCCCAUUGUGCCCAUUGUGCCCGGGUACCAGUGAGUGAGGGAGGGAGCGAGUCGGCAGCACAAGGUCACGGGUCAGAAGUUUCAAGAUGGCGCCCCCCAGAAACACAAGCAUUUGACUGAUGAUAUUGCUCCUCCCGCUGAGACAAUGUGGCAAAGCAAUGAGAGCGUGGCACAGAAUGGCACAGAGAUCCACUCAGCUGGCCUGGGCCUGGCACUGGGAACCAUAUCAGUAUUUACAGUCAUUCUGAACAUUCUGGUUCUGUACGCGGUGAGAAUGGAGCGCAAGCUUCACACGGUUGGGAACCUGUACAUCGUCAGUCUGUCCAUCGCUGAUCUCAUUGUGGGAGCAGCCGUCAUGCCCCUGAACAUUGUGUAUCUACUCAACGACAGGUGGAUUCUGGGAAGAUCCGUGUGUCUCUUCUGGCUCUCUAUGGACUACGUGGCCAGCACGGCCUCCAUCUUCAGCCUCUUCAUACUGUGUAUUGACCGGUACCGCUCUAUCCAGCAGCCACUGAAGUAUCUCAAGUACAGGACUAAGACCAGGGCUUCUGUAAUGAUCUCUGGGGCAUGGCUCCUGUCCUUCACAUGGAUUGUCCCAAUUCUGGGCUGGCACGCAUUCGCCAAUGGCGGCAUCAGAUCUGUGCCGGAAUAUACCUGUGAGACGGAAUUCCAUAAAGUAACUUGGUUUAAGGUCCUCACCGCCAUCUUGAACUUCUAUAUUCCCUCCUUGCUGAUGCUGUGGUUUUAUGCCAAAAUCUACAAGGCGGUCAGGGAACACUACCAGCACCGGGAUCUGGUCAACGGCUCCUUCCAUUUGUUCUACGACAGCAAAUUGGUGCAAAGCGUUAGGGUCCUAAAGAGCCAACAGAGCUGCCCCAAGAACCAGUGUAGGGAUGGGGAACUUACGGUCCCUGAGAUGGAUUUUCCAGCACAAUAUGUCACCGUAUCAAAAGAGUUUGGACAGUCAAGAAACACCCAAGGAAAAGACCCAGUAGAAGGGCUUAGCCACUGUGAUAAUAAUGUCUUCAAAUUGCAUUGCUUUCCACUAGCAAUAAUCCAGGCUCACCCCCAGGAGUGCAGGAACUAUGUGACAGUCACCAGGGGGGCCUUAAAAGAACACAACUGCCCUGGAACCCAGCAAAUGGCAGAGAUCUCAGAGGAACAUACAUUUGCUGAGGUUGCAUCUUGUAUGUUGGAGCUGAGGCAGGUGGAGGAAUCCAAUAUGGAGGCAAAAGAACAGACUGAGGCCAGACUUUCAGGGAACUUUAACUACCUAAAACACACCUGGGAGAGGUUUUACACCCAUUCCAAACAACACAUCCAGGGGCUCCACAUGAACCGGGAGAGGAAGGCCGCAAAGCAGUUGGGAUUCAUCAUGGCCGCCUUCAUGGUCUGCUGGAUUCCAUAUUUUGUUCUCUUCAUGGUCAUAGCAUUCUGUCACAACUGCUGCAACCACAACUUCCACAUGUUCACAAUUUGGCUCGGCUACAUCAACUCAACCCUGAACCCCCUCAUCUACCCCCUGUGCAACGAGAACUUUAAAAAGACUUUUAAGAAGAUAUUUCAUGUAGAACUGGACUGUGGCAAGUGCAAAAAAGAGAAUCAUUCAACCUGCACUUACGCGUGAACUCGGCAAGAGCCAAAUGGUGGAACUGACUAUGGUAAAUUGGGCCAAUGCUCUCAGCCCACACAGUAGUUGGGCCUGACAGUACAGCAGAUGUCUAAGCCAGAAUGAUAAGUAGCAGGUACAGUAGGACAACAUAGUGAAACUUGGCCAAGAGGGCAUCAGUAGGGCAGGAUGGUAAAAGUACAAGAAGAAAAAGACAGUAGGGCAAGAUGGAGACAGUAGGACAAGAUGGAGACAGUAGGGUAAGAUGGAGACAGUAGGGCAAGAU